AUGAAUCGCCAGGAAUUCCGACUCCACGGCAAGGAGACGAUCGAUUAUAUUGCUGACUAUAUGGAGAAUAUUCAUAAGCGUCGAGUGGUGCCGUCAAUUGAACCCGGCUACCUCAAAGAGCUGAUCCCCGGUGAACCCCCACAAAAAGGCGAGGGCUACCAGGCGUUGAUCGAGGACUUCGAGAAGUUCAUCAUGCCUGGGGUGACCCACUGGCAACACCCUCGCUUCCACGCCUACUUCCCAGCCGGAAAUUCUUGGCCUUCGAUUCUGGCCGAUAUGUUGAGCGACGCGCUGGGAUGUGUUGGGUUUAGCUGGGCGGCCUGCCCAGCCAUGACCGAGCUGGAGAUGAUCAUGCUGGAAUGGUUCGGGAAGAUGAUCGGGUUGCCAAAGGAAUUUUUGCCAUUUACAGAGGAUGGCAUGGGCGGAGGAGUUAUCCAGGCUUCAGCAUCGGAGUGUAAUUUCGUGUCCUUGCUGGCAGCUCGUUUUGAAGUGAUGAAGGAGCUACGACAGCGAUUCCCAUUUGUGGAGGAGGGGUUGUUGCUGAGCAAGUUGAUCGCCUACUGCUCGAAGGAGGCCCACUCCUCGGUCGAAAAAGCGUGCAUGAUCGGGAUGGUGAAGUUGCGAAUCCUGGAGACGGACAGCCGUUUCAGAAUGAGAGGAGAGACGCUGCGGAAUGCGAUUCAAGAAGACCGUAACCUCGGGUUGAUCCCCUUCUUCGUGUCGACCACCCUGGGAACGACGAGUUGCUGCUCUUUCGAUGUCUUGUCAGAGAUCGGGCCCGUUUGUCAUGAAAAUGAGCUAUGGCUUCACGUCGACGCGGCCUACGCCGGCUCGGCGAUGAUUUGCCCCGAGUUCCGACCGCUGAUGUCCGGCAUCGAGUACGCCAUGUCGUUCAACACCAACCCCAACAAGUGGAUGCUCGUCAACUUUGACUGCUCCACCAUGUGGGUUCGAGACCGCUUCAAGUUGACGCAGGCGCUGGUCGUCGAUCCGUUGUAUCUACAGCAUAGUUGGAUGGACAAAUCGAUCGAUUACCGGCACUGGGGUAUCCCACUCUCACGUCGUUUCCGGUCAUUGAAGCUGUGGUUUGUCAUCAGAUCCUAUGGGGUGGAAGGACUACAAAAAUAUAUUCGAGAGCACGUCCGCUUGGCAAAACGUUUCGAAGGCCUCCUACGUGGUGACGCCAUGUUCGAGAUCGUUGGCGACGUUAUUAUGGGGCUUGUUUGUUUCCGGAUACGGGCCAGCGAAGAAGCCAAUCAGCUCCUUCUGACCCGCUUGAACUCGUCGGGCCGUAUCCACAUGGUCCCGGCUUCUCUAAACGAGCGCUUCGUAAUCCGAUUCUGCGUUUGCGCCGAAAAUGCGUCGGAUCGGGAUAUUGAUGUAGCCUACGACAUCAUCAGCCAAGCCGCCAAGCAUAUUAUGCACGAAACCUCAGCCGAACCCCUCCUUGAAGACCAAUACCUCGAAGCCCUCGAAGAAGAGGGUAUCGAUACCUCGGCCGUCCACGACCACACCGAGCCCCAGCGCCGCAUGAGCAACGUAUCCCAGGGUGGGUUCGAGGUUUACUCGCCGACCUUCGAGAAACAGCCCUCCAAGGAAGAUCUUUUGAAUUGCCGCUCCGGAAAGGAUUUGGCUACGAAAAGAUCGUUCCUUGUCCGAAUGGUCUCUGACCCGAAGUGCUACAACCCGAAAAUCGUUCGCCACCUGAACAUGGCCAACUACCGGAAGAUGAGCCAGGAUGUGGCCAGGGACAGGACCAUCAUGAAAUCAAUGUCAAUUCGUAAGCGUCCAACUCGCUUGUCGGAGAAUUCAGCCGGCUCCUCGACCUCGCCAAAGGAAAAUGCCGCCUGCUGGGAGUCCGAGGAAGAGGAGGAGCAGCUCUGCCAAGCCAUGCAAAGCACCGGCAUCCAGACACCGAUU